AUGGAGAGUCCUGUCAGCGGGAGACCAUCGAUAGAAACGAGAAGAGAAAUCUCCAGACCUUCGGAUUCUGAUAGCCACGACGAACUGGCGCGACGGUCCAAGACUUCCACACGUAACUUGAAACAAACACUGUAUGCCAUCGAUUCGGCCUUAAGAGACCAGACGUUGGCAAUUGAAAGACUAUCGAAGACAGUUGAAGCAAUCAGCGAAGGGCAAAGAACAGCUACCACAUCCAGACAACACAAUAUAGGCAGGAUACCCAGUACGUCACAUUCGUGGGAUCUCUUCGGUGGUUUUGUCCUAGCGAUGGUGUUGCAAGCGUUACUGAACUGGAUAUUCUACCAAAAAGACUGA